AUGGCUAGAAGUAGGAGCAUUAUCAUUAGAGAUGAGAGCAGUACGCACAAUCAGCAAUACAAAAGUAAAAAUAUCUGGAAUUAUCCAAUAAAUCAAUUCAACGUUGCUCAAAAUAAAUCAUCUUCAAAGGAAUUGAUUUUCGAUUAUUUGGUUUAUUUGGGUCUUGUUGGGAAGUUUGAGUUUUUAGGAAGCGGUGGUAGCGUCGGUGGUGGCAAUGGCACUCCCAACCUCCACAAACACAUCGUCUGCCAUCACUUGGAUGUAAAAGUGGAAUACAGACUUAUCCUCUCAAACGCCUUAGAUAGGCUUAUACAAUCCACUCACUCUCUCACACAUCUCCACUUGAUUCUCAAUCUCUUUAAUUCUCAGAAGAAAUCUAUCUUUAACUCGAUCCCUAGAGGCGCUGGUCCUGAAGCUGCUUGGAUAUUUCCUUUACGUUCCUUAUCUACUAUAAAUCCAUCUGAUAAAGCGAUUGAGGUUUAUAACAAUGGUUGCAAAUUUUCAUCUUCAACUAAUCUAACUCGAUUAAACAAUCUAAUUGACGUUAUCCCUUCUUUCAUCAUUAUCUCCUCAUAUCUCCUACAAGACAUUCCCAAGGAGUACCAUUCUAGACUUGAGACAUUACAACAAGAAUUAAAAGCACAAUCAAUCUCACUUAAUACUUAUCAAUCUUUGUUAGAUGGGUUGAAUUCCCAGUUUAUAUUGCAAACAGCGGGGAAAGGCAGUCUAAUGGAAGAAUCUUGCGAAUCUGAAAUGUCGCACACAUCACACCCAUCCACACACUGGUACACACUUUUCGCAGACUUACUCACAUAUGCUCUAAUCCAGGGCUACAUGGAAUAUGAGUGGAAGGGAGUACGACCAGCGGAGGUUUUAUUAGGGAUGACGCGGAUGCCUAUUUCUGCGCAAACAACGUCAAACCCGAUGUCAGAAAAACAAAAACUCAGCAACGCACUCAAGAUGCUCUUCAGUGAUAAGAGCAUAGUGCAGGCGGAGGAGUUGGAUGGGAUGCUGCGUGAUCGCUUAGGUAAUUUCCUAGAUAUGUCUGAGAGUACGAGUGAUUUGGGUGAGCAUUUGCACGCGCUGGAGUGUAAAUUUGCGGAGAAGCAGUCAUACUCAUACGCAUACCCCCAAUCACGCUCGCACUCAAACGCAUUCGACGCGCGUCUGCUGCAGUUCUUCGCCGAUUUCGAUAGAUGGCUGGGCGUGGCGCGGUUAGGGAGGAGAGGAGGUGGACAAGGUGGACACACUAUACCUACUCAUCCGAAUCACCAUACUCACCACUCACCCCGCUACAAACAGCACUCCCCUCACCCGGCCCCGCAGCUAAGCCAUCCAGCCAACCCACUCUCUAUUGCAGCAUUGCUUGGACCGUCAGAUGAGAUGGGGGUGAAAGGGAUGGAGAUGGAUGAGGGAGUAAAGGAGGAGAGUCAAAGUCAGAGUAACGGUUACGCACAUACACACACCCACACACUCAACAGCGCUAGGUGGUUCGUCGUUAGCUCUUCAUACCGACAGGACAAGGCAGGCGAGGCACAUGAGACACACGACUCACACAUCGCACACAUAUCGCAAACCACUCCAUCUUCACGCACUCCCGCAAGGAUGCCGUCGUUCACCACGAACGCAUGCCAAGUGGCGAAUCCAGGUGCUUUGAGCUGGCCAGGGCCAUAUGGGGUGUGA